AUGCUUUGCGAUGGGCUGCUGAUAGCUACAGCACCCUCACACGUUGUGGCUUUUGCGAAACCCGACUCUUGCGCCUUGUACUCACGCCGCUGCCCCGCUCGCGUUGCCCAUCAUGACUUUGGACCCUCCAGGCGCGCGGCCGCAAUUGCUGACACUGCAGCAUCAGCAGCGGAGAGGGUGCGAGUGCAAGCAGGACGCGGCACGGCACCGGCAGCGUCCCCGUGGGAGGCAGAGCCACAGGGCCAGAGGCACCUGCCCCGGUGUCCCGCUGCCACCACCACGCGCUUCUGUGGGCAGAUGUCCCAGGAGAUGGCCACCACCACCCGUGUAACGCUCACACACCUCGCAGCUGAAACUUCAGCAGCUUCAGCCCGGGCCAAAAGCUGCCCGCGGUCUCGGGAGAGGAGUGCACUGCUGAAAGCCGUGAACGUCGCGGCUGUGAUGCCAGGGAGGCUGAGCUGCCCGGACGCAGCUCUACCCCUCGCUGUGCCGUGCCCGGCUGACGGCCGGCCCAGGGCCAGCCAACGCAGGGACGGGCACCGGGGCCACGCCUCGCCCCCCGCCCCGCCCCGCCGCUCACGCUGUUGCCGCCGCUCCGCGCCGCCGGUGGCAGUCGCGCCGUCCUCCGGCGGUUACCGAUCUCCGCUUAUUCACUCGCGGCGCGACCUGUCUGUAGGGAGGGUGUGUGUCCCGUCCUGCCAGACGGCGCUGCGCCCUCCUCUCGCGGCAGCAAGCUGGCCAGCGCGCUCAAUCCCUGUAUCCAAUGAAGAUAAUAAAUUCAGAAAGUGAAUUCAGAAUUCUGAUACAUGAGAGUUCACAUCAGAAUUCCCAGCAAACUCAUGAUAUUGCCAAGCCAAGACAAAACUGGUAUUUCCUGAGGUAAUGAAAACUGUUCUUUUGUCACUUUAGUCCCAAGUGAAAUUUUCUUAGUUCACUAAAAUCUUUGAGUUACUCCUCGAAGAAACAUAUAGUUACAUGCUGUAUAAAAUUAUACCAAGCCUACAGUUUAACCCUUCAGUUUACAAACUGCAAAAUGCAGAAGCAUUUUUACAAAGAUUUUCUGAGAAAAGGAUGUGCUCUCCUCUAGUUUUUGUCUGCCUCCUGCUCUGCUCCCAUAGGCUGGCGGACACAGUCACCAGCUGCUCCAAUACAAUUGCUUUAGGUCCUGAUUCUGGUUGCAUAAUGCCAUUGGGUUUGUUGUCCAAAAAGGGUGUUACCAUCAGGCAUCAUGGAAAAGACAACUGCUAUAAAUCCUUUUCUCCUUUGUCCUCAGAAAAGACCAUCUUGCUAGCUGAACCCUGAGAGAUGAUGUUGAUUGGCUAAAGAUUUGAAAAGAUCUGACAGUGCAAGAGAGAAACUGCAUGAAGUGUAGUUUUGUUUACUGGUGUUUUGGAGGGAUUUUUUAAAAAAGGAGUGACUCAGGGCAAUGAAGAAUUUAUGGGAAGUUCAGCUAUUCCUUUGGGGGGCUAAAGGAAAGCCAUUUUCUCAAAGGAAACGGAGAGCAGAGAAUGUGACAAUCUGAUUUUCAUUUUACACAUCACGCUCUUCUGUAUAUGAGCAUCAGAAGAGCUGUGUCCUUAGAAGAGAAAACUAGAUUAUUUUUUUUUGCAUUUCUGUAGCAAGACUGAAAAACUGUUCUGAAACCCAAUACCAAUACAGAGAGGUAGUCAGUUUAACUGGAGGAUGAGAUCACCUUUGAAAAAUAAAAGAAGGCAAGAGAAUAGGUAGAAUAUGUUUACAGCUUGCAAGAGAUUUAGAAGAAUGAGAAGGGCUUGUUUCCUCUUCAUGCCUCAGACAUACUGACUACAGUGGACACAAGGUUGAGCACACAAUGUCUCAGACACAAGCAGAUAUAAAGAAGCUUUUUCAAGAUGUUUUGCAGCAACUGACAAGUCAUCACCGAAUUGUUUCUUGAAUUAUAUGUGUGUCACAUACAUCUGGGAUGGACAUUAAAAAUAUUCCAAUUUCAUGCAA